AUGAUCCCCCAAGGCCUCCACCCCGGCCACAUCCACCACUCGCCCUCGCCCUCGUCGUCCUCCGCCGCGACCCCGUCCGUUGUGCAGCGCUCUGCUACGCAACCGACCCCACAGGCCCUGCUUCCCACCCGGACACACUCACGCGGAGAUUCCGGUCUGCCGCUCUCUCGCGACGGAGCCCACUCCCCCAUCCCCGGCUCGAUGGCGUCCUCGAGCCCGCAUAUGUCCAAGCCCAAUCCAUCUCCGUCAAAGCCGUCCUCUACGCGCACUUAUGAUUCGAAACUCGUUUCGCGUGAGAUGCACCGCCUGGGCACUCUCACCCACCUGCCCUCGAUCACCCCCUCCCUCUCCGUCGCCUCCGGCUCCUCUCUUACCCUCGCCAUGCCCGCCUCGACUGCACCGAGUCUUGCUCAGACACUCUCCAACGAGAAACCAUGGACCUCCCUCCACGUGCUCGUCCUCCCGCUCUUCAACGGCGAACCCCUCCGCGUUCCGAUCGAGGACCUGAACCAACUCGUAAGGCGGCAUAUAUCGACAGUGGUCUCCGCAGCUCCGAGCAAAGCCUUCGGUGCUCUCGAGAACGACACGUUCGAGCUCAUUGCCAAUGGCAUGGUCACACUCAACUCGAAGCUCUCCGGAGUGGAUGAGGAGAAGCUUGUGAUCAGAAUCGGAGAUCUCUGGACCUUCUUUUGGACCCAGGUGCUGCCAUAUCUCGAAGGGGCCCUUCUCCCACUACAAACCGACCCCAUCCUCUCCUCGCUCUACCGAGGGCCCAAAUCGCACCGCCCGUCUUCCCCGACCACUACUCAGAACGGGAAAGGCCCUAAGACGCUUCUGCAGGCCACCGGGCCCCAGAUCGACGUCCGCGCACUCGCGCUCGUCUCCUUCCGCGACCGCAUCAUUCUGCCCCUCUUCCCCCGCUUGUACGCACGACUGACGAUGUUCAAGGACGAGCCCACAAACGAGCACGAGGCCCAGACAGGACGGCUCCGCCAGAUGCUCCUCGUCCUGGUCUCCCAACGCUCCCAACGCUACGCUUUCCUCUCUCUCACCGCGACACCGCCCCAGAUCAGCCAGGGCGAAGCCGCAGUCGCGCGCCUGCUGCGCGCGAUGCACGCGCCCAUCGCCUCGUUCGCACCGCGCACCGCGCGCGCGACCGCCGCCGGCGCACCGUCCUUCCUCUCCGCCGGCGCGCCGCGCGACCGCCGCGGCCGCAUCGCGCAGAAGACGGACGCGGCGAUGGGCGCGCGCCCGCGCUCGCAGUGGCGGAUGGGCGGCGGGCUCGGGAUGGGCACACGCGCGGUCAGGCGCGCCGGCGGGCGGGAGAGCGCGGACUGGGACGACGGCGAGACGGACACGCCGCGCGGGACGGUCGCGUUUGCGGACCCGGGGCGGGAGCGGGACAAGGAGCUGCUGGAGAGCCUCAGGAGUCCAGAUCCGGAAGACACCCAGCGGAUGAGCAUGGGCGGCUGGGGCCUCGGCGCAGGUCGCGAAGACGACUCGCACACGGAUGAAGAAGACGACGACGGGCCGAUGGACUGGGACCAGGUGCAGGCGAUGGUUGAGCAUAUGGUCGGCCGAGGUGGUGGCGAAGGGACAGCGCCGGCCGAGGGUGCGCGGCGACGGGUGCAGCCGCCGAUCGAAGGGUACAAAGUGUGA